CCCAGAGACCGUGGGAGACAGGAUGCGGACGUCCUCGGGGACCCCACCCCCGACGACUCUGGACACGGACGGUGCGGAGACGCCCAGGGGACUCCCAGCAGAGGAAGGGCCAGACACGCGAAGGACGUGGGGUGCGGGGAGCUAGGGACCCGCAGACCCCGGGGCCACCGACGCAGUGGCCAACGGACGGACGCAGAAUUGGACUCAGGGAGGCCUGGAGGGACCCUCAUGCCAUCUCCCCACCUAGCGCAGAGAGGAAUCCGCGGCUGCAUUUCGGAAGCGAAGAGAGGAGGUGGGCAGCGGGCCGGGCCACCCGCACCAUGGCCCGCUGCCGCCACCAUUCGGGAUACUUGGCGGACGACGAGGCGGGCCACACCGCGGCCGUGGCACGGGUACAGCCACCCAAGAAGCCACUGUUCCCGGAAAUGGGGCAAGCCUCCAAGCUGUGCCACAUGCCACAUCCACCGUCGACAUAUGGCCCCUCAGGCAGCUCAGGGCUCCGCGGCCACCGCCGAAACCCGAGGGACGCUCGGCCCUUUGGUAGCUUUCUGGAUUUCCUUGUCGAGGGCCAGGUCCUGGACAGCCUGCAGACGGUGGUAGAGGAAGCAACUGAGCGCAUGGCCACUGUGAAGACAGAGGCUGGGGUGCCGCUGGUGGAGGUGCAGGACCCCAUAGAGGUGCCACGGGGUGGGCGGCGGGUGCGUGCCCGGCCCAGCCUCAGUACCGUGCACCGGCAUCGUGCCCAGCCCAGCCUCUGCACCGGGUGCCCCAACAACUACCCAUCCUGCUCCAGCUCCAUGUCCAACUCCCAUAGCAGUUUCACACCCGGCUGGCUGGGCUCCCACGGCCGGGACAGUGAACUGGGGGCCCGAGGCUUGGGCCCACUGCCACCCAUGAGGGACAAACUCCUGCUAGAGAAGAACCUCAAACGGCUGCUGCGGCUGGAGAGCAGAGGGAAAGGCCUGGGGCAGUCCUGCUCCCAGAGGAACUCUCUGCUCUGGGACUCGCUGGGCAGCCAGGCCAGCAGCCAGUGGACCCCGGAACAGCCCCUGUCCUGGUUCUCAGGCCUGCUGGGCUCGAGCUCGGGCACGCCUGAGGCGUCAGAGCUGGGGCAUAGAGAGCCAGAGCUGAUCUUCCUCAAGCGGGAGUUCAACAAGGAGAUCAAGUCCUUGCUAAGCCAGCCGGAGUCCUUCGACCUGCCUGGUUACUGUUCACUCCUCGAGCCCCAUCGUACCCUGGACUUCCUGGCCGAGCACCACCUCUUCCCCGCCUUGCAGAGUGUGGUCAGCCAGGCUGUGGAAAAGCUUAGCGGUGCCCGCCGCCACGAUGGCUGCCCUCUCUUCCCGUCGGAAUGGGAGCCCACCACACAGCCCAACUCUGACCCCACAGCAGGCUCCAAGCCAGCCACACCCACUGAGGAGGAGGAGCCCUGCGAUUCUCUCCCCACCACGCCCUCCAGCCUCAGGAUGGUUGGCAGAAAGAGCGCCAAAUACGGAGGACGGGGCAAACUCAAGGAAGGUGGUUCCCCUGUGUCUAGUGCCCAAGUAGCCACCAGGUUCAGGCUCAAGGUGACACCCACAGAAGAGCACAAAGUCCCCUCACCCCACCCUAGGCAAGAGGUGCCCAACCAGGACCCUGAAGUACAGAGACCACCCAUGCCUGCUUCUGGGCCCCUGAGCUCCAGCCAAAAGGCCCAGCCCCAGCGGAGCCUGCAUCGCAGUCUGCCUGCCCCGAGGAUCAUGGUGGAAGUGCCCUCUGGCCAGACCCCCCUCUAUCGGGGUCCCAGCUCUGCUUGCCUCCCCUGCCCUCUCUCCUCCCACCACCACCCUGUGUUCACACCACUCACCUCCUUGGUAAGAAGCUUCUCCCCAUCUCCUGCUUCACUGUAUCUGGAGAUGACCUCCUCAAGGGUGGGGCUGGGGGGCUUAGGGACGGGUUUGCAGGGGAAGGGCUCCUUUGGCUACCACUCCUAGCAGCCACUGUCACCGGCAGGUGCCCAAGGUCCAAGUCUCUUGCCUUGCACUGUGGAAACCACCUGAGCAGGGGACAAGCUGAUGGGGGACCAGGAAACCUGGCCUAGCUACUGCCAGGUGUUGUCAAAGAUGAAUAAAGGCAUUUUUUAUUCUGGGUAUUUUUUAACGUUUG